AGCGGAUUUCCCUGACAGGCCGCAUGACAAAGGUUGCCGAUCCCUGUCAUAGGCUCUCAUUUAUUCAAACCUUGUGUCCUUCACAUACACCUCUGCCACAUGUACUUCACCUAAUUGUGUAUAAUGAAUAAAGGUUGAGAGUAGAGUGGUGUCUGUUGUAACUAGUAUGCACUAUACUCUAUAGAAGCAGUUUUCACAGUGUGAUUAAAAAUAUAUGAUAAUUUACAAGGAAUUUAGAAAACUGCUGAAGAUAUAAAACUCAUGAAAGGUUUACUGACAAUAAUAUGAUUUCUGUUCAACUGAAAUCUUUGAAUGUAUAAUUAGAUCCCUAAUAUUGGAGUAAAAUAUAGCUAUACUUAUUUUUAAUAUUGUGGCAUUAAUUUAAUUUGAUAAUUCAUACAUUUGUGUGCAUUCCUUAUGUUACAAUAAUCAAAGUCCAAAAAUAUUGUUGAAUCCAGCUGUUCUUUGCAGUUACAUUUUUUGAAAAAAAGAUAAUUUCAACUAAAGGGACAUUCCUACCUUUAUCAAUAAAACCACAUCAAAUUGUGCCAGAUUCCAGCAAAUGUCAUACAGUAAAGUGUUGGAUUGUCUCAGUAUUUGAAAAGAAAACCGUCUUAGCUGUGAUAUUGAUGAUUCAUUAAGAAACAGGGACAUUUGUGCUGCUCUAGGUGCGCUCUUUUGGAUAAGAUGUAAACCAGAGUUGUUCACCAUUUGUGGUUAUUAAAGAAUUCAAAGCAGUUUUUUUGUAAGAGCAGGACUGUUAGCACUAGUAUCCUAACUAGAUUGUAACUCAGGAAGUUGCAUUCUGCCAACAAAUUUCUCCAUGCAGUUUCAAUGGCUAAUAUUAUUCUUUGUUUUUUCCUGUCUAAUUUAUUGUGUUGUGUUGCUGUGCAUUCUUAAACAUUGCCUCACUUCCAAGGUGGCUGCAUUUUAGCAGCUGUAUGAAUUCAUCCCUACAACCCGUACUCAUGUUAACAGGGAGGAUCAACUAAUAAACAGCUCAAUACAUGUAUGUAUGUACCGUUCAUUGACUGCUUGACUGAGUGAAUACAAAAUAUAAAGGGUUGCAUAAUCAAGCCUACAGUUUGCAAAGCACUUUUUGGGUUCCUUUGGAAUAAAAUGUGCUAUAUACUAAUAACAUGCACUUACACUUUUUCAUUCACUUUUAUGUUUUAAAAUUAAUCCCAUAAGAGGUCCCCCCGCCCCCGUGGAUGUGUAGUGUUUUACAGAGCAAGCAGUGUUGUAACAGACAGUUGGAUAUGUAUUUGGGGUAUUUGAAAUUUUUCUUCUGAAAGUUGAAUAAAUGCAACCUACUGUGUAGUCCUUCUUCUUUUCUUAGAUCUCUUGUGGAUGAACCACAAAGCAGAUAACCAGGCAUGGAGGAAUUAACUGAACACCUUGUUUCUACUUCUGAAAAUUUAUUACUCAAAUAUGGACAAACUACCAGUCAAGCCCACAUAAAGAAGCUGAAAGAUCUUGCUAUAGUUCAGUUAAAUGGGCUAUAUUUAAAGAAUGUGAGACAUUUGCAAUACUGUGUUUUGCUUAAAGUAUGCAUCCUGUCUAAUAAUUAUAUUACAAAUAUUGAUGCACUCGAAUGUUGUACUCAUUUGGUUAAGCUGGAUCUCCAUGGAAAUCAGGUACAGCAUCUUCCUGGCCCAACGUUUUGGGAAGGCAUGAAGGAAUUAAAUUUACUCUAUCUUCAUGACAAUGGAAUUGGAAAACUGGAUAAUGUGCAUUCGUUAUCUUUCUGUCCUAAUCUGAUAGGCCUCACCUUGUUUGAUACUCCUCUGAGUCUAAGAAUUGAAUAUAGGCAUAUUGUUGUUAACAGUAUUUUCUCACUCAAAGCACUGGAUUACUAUGUAAUUUCUGAUGAGGAAAUUGUUGAGAACUGGAAGCUUCCCCCCAAAUAUAAACCAUUUAGCCCUAGCUUUUUCCUUGAUUUUUGCCAUGCUCCUAGAAAGGAAGCAACCGUUGAGGAGGAUAUAAAUGUGGUAAAAGAUAUCAUUUCAAAAAUCAAUCACAUUCUAGCUCAUCACUCACCAGUUGUGAUUCUUCAAAGAUGGAUAAGGGGAUAUUUAACUAGAAAAAGAUUUGGCAAAAUUCCUUUGGAUGAAGUUCUUCUGCAGAGACAUUAUAUCAGAGAUAGAGCAAAACAAAUUUACAGUCAAAGCACACUUCCAGUAUGUGAUAGUAAAAGCUUUAUAUAUCACAUCAUUAAACCAGAACAGAAUACUGAGGACAAAAAGCUUACAUCUGGGAAACAAGUAUCCUAUAUGAAUAAUUUUAAAAAGCUUCCUGUUUUAUGUCUGAGAAGAAAAAAACAACCAGUUUUCUCCAUUUCACCCACAUUGAGAAAAAAAAAAAAGAAUAAACUAGGGGAACAUAGAAUUCCAUGGAGGAAGGGUUUCUUGGACGUGGAGAAACCUAAUAUGGAGGAGCAGGUAGAAACUAAAUUUAGGCUUUCAGUUUGUAAAGCUGCUUUUCAUUCAGUGAAGGAGAAGCUGAUGAUAUUUCAAAAGAAAGAGGAAGAAAUUUGGCAUGACGUACACCCGUUUCAUUCUCUUGUUCAUCCUGCUCCACAGCUUAAAGCUGUGAAUCACCCAGUAAGUAUAGAGAAGAGGAUUUUUGCUAGAAUGUAUGGAUCUGUAAGACUUGGACCAUUUUAUGUUAUUGAUAAAGCCUACAGAGAGAGUAAGAGAUGUGAGAUCCAAACUAAAAAGAUACGUGGGGUUAUGCAGAUGCAAAUUGCCAAAGGUGAAACUGACUACUGUAUUAAAGGUUUUCUUGAGGAGAAAAAGAAUGGUGUUCAGAAAAGAUGCAAAGAAGAAGAUAUUAGAAUUCAAGAAGCUUUACAACAACAUCAAUUGAGAAGAUCAGGAUUUAUUGAAAAAGUAAGGCAAAGGCAUGCUCAGUUUUUAGAAACCAAGAACCAGAAAGCAUCAGAGUAUUCAUUAAUUCAAGACUUCAGCAUUCAGCAUGCUUCUUUGACACAGAGUUUGUUUAGACUUGACAGAUUGAGGAAAAGUGAGGAAACCCUGAAGGAAAGAAAAAGCAUUGUUAAGGAAAACAAAGAAGAUAUGGAAAAAUGGAAGGAGCUGAUUAAAAAUUUUCAGGAGCAGAGGAAAUUGAUGUUACAAAAAGAAAACUUAGCAGAAAACGUGAUUCUGGGUUCCAUUGUUUCUCAAAAAACUAGUGAGAGAUUACAGCAAGUCAAGGCAAAAGUUGCAGCUGUAAAGGAUCAUCAAGCCAAUAUGAAAAUUAUGAUCAAGCCGCCAUUGAGCUGCAGUGCAAUAAAGCAUGUAUAAUAAACUCCAAUGUUUAAGAUGUUAACUUACAACAUUGUAAGUGAAUAUAAACCAAACUUUGUCUUUUUAUUUGAAUACUAAAUUUGGAAGUCUAUACUCUCAUCAUUUAAACUGAACUUCCAGGCCUUCAUUUAAGAAAAAAACAUAAUGAAGAGAGACAAUUAGAUCUGUUUACUUCUAGAAUGUAUAAAACUGGUCUUAUUUUAAAAAAUCAGCAUUUACUACAGUAUUAGAUACCACACUUCAGUGUAUGAUAUUGCUCAGUAUUUUCCUAACCUUAGAAGAGACGGUGAUAUUUCAGAUUGCAUUGUGUGGUAAUUGGUCGUAAAUGUUUACUUUUAAAUGGCGAGGACUACACGUGUGCAUACAGUUAUCAUCUGUACUUACUCUGAAAACUAAAUUAUUCAGUGCGAAAAAAAUAAUAGGGCUUUUAUGGUUGAUAAUGUAGCCAAAUAGCAAGAGUGCAAUUAAAAUUUUGACUACAGUUAUUGCAGACAGAGCUGCUGAAGCUUUGCCUCAGUGCUGCCUCAGCAAAUGUAUACAUACAACAAUGCCAUAAGCUCUAGAUGGAAUGUAUUUUCUGUUUCAUUCUGGCAACCCCGAUGCAUUUUCUCCUAGCUGCUAACUUUCAUUAGCACGCUGUGUACUUGGAUUCGUCUCAUCAGCUGCUUUCAGACAUGUAAUUAAUUAUCUUUCGAGUUUAUUCUGCUUACAUUCUUUUUAUACAUGCUUCUGACUCUGUAUGUGUACAUGUGUGUGCAUGUCUAUAUAAAAUAUGAGAGACAAGGUUGGUGAGGUAAUAUAUUUUACCAACAGAGAAGCUCUCUCACCAACAGAAGAUAUUACCUCACACACCUUCUCUCUCUAAUAUCCUGGGACCAACGCGGCAACAACUACACUGCAUAUAUAAAAUAUAGUCGUUUUUAUUAUUAUUCUUAUAUCUGCUUUGGGCUAGUGUUGGCACUCAGGGCGGAAACUAGUUUCUUCCAGUCCUCUCUUAUUUGCUGCUGCUUCUGCAUUUUGAUGGGGCUGUUGGUCCCGAGCCUGGAUAAAGUGGGGAGGAUUGAUAACAUGGCUAACCACCUAGCCUCGUAAAAAAAAAAAAAAAAGGAACAGAA